GAAAAACAAACAAAGCAAGCAAAUGUACAUAAAAACUUUGUGAUGGCUGCUGUGUGUAGGCGAACAGAUUAUUUUGAAUGUGAUAUUUAUACAAGUAACACGAAUUUUGGCUCUAGACAAAUUGGAAAAUAACAGAACAGAAAUGAAUUCCUGGCUGCGUGAUUCUCUAAGCGAGAUUUUGCGUUCCAAUCGUCACACAGACUGCAAGUUCAUAAUUGAAACAUCGACAGGCAGCAAAGUGUAUCCCUGCCACAAAUUGAUAUUGAGCUGCGCCUCUGAGGUAUUUGAUCGCAUGCUCUUUGGCAGCUACAAUGAGUCCACUAGCGGGGAGGUGAAGCUAAACGAUGUGGAACCGAAAGUGUUUGAGAAGUUCCGCGAAUACGUGUACGGCUACGACGUUGAAAAACUUCAGGUUUACGACUUUGAUACACUUGUGAAACUGGCAGAGUUCGGCAACAAGUAUCUGGUAGAGUCCAUCAAAGAGGACUGCGUGCGCCAGCUACUCUACCGCAAGGACAUGUACGACACAGAUGAGCUGCUGCGUCUCUUUCAGUGCGCUCACACGCUCAAUAGCUCGCCAUUGAUCGAGCAGGUCUCCCGUGACCUUAAAACUCAUGCAAAGAGGGUGCUUAACCACUCGGCCAUCUACCAGUUCGGCACAGACGUGUUCAAGCUCUACAUUCAGGUGGUAGAGGGCAGACUCAGUGAGGCAGAGCGUUUUAAUUUGAUUGAAAUGUAUAUUAAAUUUCACGACCUGGACCAGUCUAACAUAGAUUCAAUCACCACUGACGCGGAUACAGAUGAAGAAAUACAAACAUCAGAAAUCAACCCCGCGAAUGUCAGUGCUUUGGCCGAUGGGGAGGGUAAAAUUAGCACGGACUUUAUUGCCGAUUUACUGGGACUUAUCGACUUUACCAAGUUCACGCCCAAGGAAUUCUACGAAGGCCCCGGCAAAUCGAAUUUACUUAACAUGCAGCAAAAAUACGAGCACCUCUACAAGAUCGCUAGGACCUGUGCACAAGCUGUGGCCCAGGAGGAGCUGGAGAACAAGCUCAGUAACUGUUUCCUCUCACCAAGCUGUCACCCGGAUCUUGAAGUCCAGCGACAAUACUUGACUCGCCCACACGUGGCCAACUCAAUGCGACGGUGCGGAACACUUCGCGAAUGGGAAAACUUGUAGUUUGUGUAAUUGGAAUGCCAGAAUCAUAAUUAAAUUUUUAAAUAUUUUCAA